UGCUAAUUACAGUCUCUGAAGUGCAGUUCCUCAGCUGGACAUGCUGUGGUCUCUCAGUGAGGUGAAACUAGCAGAGGUGAUGAUGAUUCAGCCUACAGGGAUGAGGUCCAGCACCUGGUCACAUGGUGUGACAAUAACAACCUGGUGCUGAACACACACAAGACCAAGGAGAUCAUCAUGGACUUCAGGUAGGACAGCAGAGGUCUGGGCUGUGAUCAUGCUCUUGGCGCUCUUUGUUAUGGGUUUGCUCUGGGAGAUUGCGUGCUCUUCAGCUUUAGAAGCAGAACCUGGAGAUAAUGUCACACUCUGGUGCCAGCAUGAUCUGGAUCAUGCAGGUUACAUCUCCUGGUUCUACCAGUACCUCAAUACUGCUUCAUUAAGUAGCACUUCAGGACCACGUCUUAUUGGGUGCAAGCAUUUUAAGACAUCAGGCCCACCGCAAAACUGUUACUUCUAUAAAGAAACUGAGCGCAUGGUGAUUUCUGUUCAUGGCCGGAACACGUCCCUCAUGAUCACCGCAGUAACCGUCGCCGAUGCAGGACUGUAUUACUGCAGCUUCAUGCAACUGAGCCAGAUUUCAUUUAGCAAUUCAAGCUACUUGAAGGUGAAAGGGGGAAAAGAAACACUUCCCAUGAACUCCGACAGAGCACCUGAAUGUUCAGCCUCUUCUCCUGUGUUCUUCAUACUGACUGUGGUGAUUGGUGCAGUGAUUGUGAUUCUUCUCGGUGUCCUGAUCAUCGUACUGAAGCACAGAAAAACACGCAGAGUUGAUAAUCCUGAAGCACAUCAGGAGCGUGACUCUCUGACUUACGGACCUGUACAGCUCUUGAAGGGAACGAAGAGGACAAGGGGACGUGGUGAAAUCAAGCACCUGAGUGAUGUUUAUUCAUAUGUUUUAUAUCAGAAAUUAGCCUAGCAUUAGCUUAUGUUGCUCAUGUCGCAUCAGUAGGGGUUGUAAUGAUUUGAUUCACAAUACUGACUUCAAGAUUCAUGAUUCAGUUCUCAGAAUAUUUUGAACAAAAACUAAAUGAAGGAAAAUUAUGACUGGAGAGACUCCUUUUUUAUUUUUGAAUCAUAAACAA